AGGCGGUGCGGCGGACAGCCCCGGCGGCGGGGCGGGGGGAGUUAUAUUGCGGGGUCCUUCCUCGCUCACCCUGGUUCCUCUCGGAGCGGAGACGGCAAAUGGCGGACUUCGAUACCUACGACGAUCGGGCCUACAGCAGCUUCGGCGGCGGCAGAGGGUCCCGCGGCAGUUCUGGUGGCCAUGGUUCCCGUAGCCAGAAGGAGCUGCCCACAGAGCCCCCCUACACAGCAUACGUAGGAAAUCUACCUUUUAAUACAGUUCAGGGCGACAUAGAUGCUAUCUUUAAGGAUCUCAGCAUAAGGAGUGUACGGCUAGUCAGAGACAAAGACACAGACAAAUUUAAAGGGUUCUGCUAUGUAGAAUUCGAUGAAGUGGACUCUCUGAAGGAAGCCCUCACCUACGACGGCGCACUGUUGGGUGAUCGGUCACUUCGUGUGGACAUUGCAGAAGGCAGAAAACAAGAUAAAGGUGGCUUUGGAUUCAGGAAAGGUGGACCAGAUGACAGAGGCUUCAGGGAUGACUUCCUGGGGAGCAGGGGAGGCAGUCGCCCCGGGGACCGGCGAGCAGGCCCUCCGAUGGGGAGCCGCUUCAGGGAUGGCCCUCCCCUCCGAGGAUCCAACAUGGACUUCAGAGAGCCAACAGAAGAGGAAAGAGCACAGAGGCCGCGGCUGCAGCUCAAACCUCGAACAGUGGCAACGCCCCUCAAUCAAGUAGCCAAUCCCAACUCCGCCAUCUUCGGGGGAGCCAGGCCCAGAGAGGAAGUCGUUCACAAGGAGCAAGAAUGAGCUCUGGUUGGGAGGGAAUGGGGUGUGGGGGAGUUAGAGCAAGACCACAGCCCGGUGGCCCUGGACCGGCCGCCCCGCAGGCACCUUUCCUGCGCCUGACGUUGUCCUCCUUUCUUACAGCGGACACAGAGCUGUGACUGCAUGUCAGCUGUUAACAAGUGGUUUCUAGUACCUUCUUGCUUCGCUCUGUCUCUAGUGCCUGUUAGGUGCUUCCCCUCCUCCCUGCCCAUCUUCCUCCCGUCCUCCCCAGCUCCUGUCCUCGUGCGGCACAGGGGCCCGCAGGACGACGGCAGGCGGCUGGGGCGGCGGCCGGGAGCUGCUCCGUGUCUGUCCUCCUGCGCUUCCUCCUUUAUUUAGACGCUGGCCAGACUCCAGGCGUCUCCUUUGGUUUUCUCAGUGCUUCUUUUCCGACCUGCAUGCUGAGUUCUGUGUUGCUGUGGCUUCCAGGAAGAAGAGAAGGGCUGGCAGCCCGGCCAGCAGACCAGGAGGCACCUGUGGCCCCGCAGGUUGCCUGCUGUGGGGUGACCGGCCCAGCGGCUCAUCUCCGAGGGAGCCGAGAGGAGCAGCAGGGGGCGGGCACGGGGCCGCAGGCAUGUGCGUGUGGGCGCGGUUCUGCCACCGCUCUUUCAGGACAGUGUCCCCAGUCCCUCAGUCUGCUGGGCACAGGUGGCCGCCAGCUGUCAGCUCCCUCCAGGUGGAGGCGCUGCACUGGGCUCCUGCCUGCCUCCCAGUGACUCCUCGUCUCUGCUCCCAGUAGAAGUGACACAGUGAGAGGCUGCUGCACCGCCCACCCCGUAGGUUGACAGUGGAAAUGGGCCCAGGACCCGGCACUUUACUGUUUCACUUGAUGAAUUGAAAAUCUCACUAUGCAGAGCUGUCCGCACCCGCGGCACCUGUAGGUGACUGCACAUGUCUGAGCGUGUCCCUCAUCUUGGGGACAGUCUGUUGCUCCCGGUGCAGUGCUCACCCCUCCCCUGGGGGUGAGGCGUUAGGCAGUGGCGUUUGAACACCACCGUGUGAGCAGGUGGGGCACUGGUUAGCUCCUCUAGCCUAGGGGGAGAGGCCGGCCGAGGGGCAGCCUGGCCUGCGCAUGCAGUGUGCUUAGGUGGCGGUUCCAGCUAGCUGCCACCGGCUCUCACCAGGUCUCAGCAACUCACAGAACUCUCUCCCGCCUUCCGCUGUCAUCCUCUCCGCUUCUGAGAUAAGAACCAUUUGUGUAACACAGUACUUACCUUAAGAAAGACGCGCCUUGUGCGGGCGCACCAACCUGAGCUCAGACGACCUGCUUACCUCCUCGUGUGGAAAGAUAAGAGCAAACAAACUCAUCUAACCCUCUGGGCGGUCCAGUUGACUUUUAAAUGUAAGAAAAGAGUGGAAUUCCAAACACUUAACACAUUCAGCUAUAUGACAGAAAGUAAAUCUAUGGAUAUGGUAUUUUGUGAAUGAUCUUUUAAAUAAAAGAAAAACUUACGUAAUA